AUGGAACAGAAAAUUCACACUAACUCUCAGUUAAUGUGGUUCACAAAGUUGAUGCCAUUUGAUAAUGUUAUAGUACAAGAAGGGUGUGGAGAACAAGCUAUAACUGAUAGUUGGGAAUCUGAUGCUGAACUUAAGGUUAUCAUCACUCAGUUAGGAUCCAACAGUGCUACUUCUUCACAGUACACUUGGAUGGGAUAUCAGUUGAGAAGGAAAGGUAGAUUGAAAUCUAUCAGGAAGGAUGUGAAGGGUUUUGUUCAGCAAUGUGACAAGUGUCAAAAGAACAAAGCAGAUUUAGCAGCUUAUCCUGGGCUGAGCAAAUAUGCUCAUUUCAUGGCUCUUAAGCGUCCUUAUACUGAACAAUCAGUAGCCAAGGUUUUCUUAGAUGAGGUGGUGAGAUUACAUGGCCUACCAGAGACUAUUACAAGUGAUAGGGAUGCUGCUUUGCUCAGUUCAUUUUGGCAAGAACUAUUCACAUUACAAGAUGUUCAACUUAACACCUCAACAACAUAUCACCCUCAGUCUGAUGGUCAAACUGAGGUGGCGAACAUAUGCUUAGAAACCUACUUAAGGGCUCAGUUAAGGAUGAAACAACAUGCAGAUGCUUAUAAGACUGACAGGUGUUUUGCAGUAGGUGAUUGGGUUUAUCUUAAAAUCCAACCUUAUAGACAAACUACACUGUCAUCUCAGACUUUUCAUAAGCUAUCUGCUAAAUACUAUGGUCCUUUCCAAGUUCUCAAGAAAGUUGGACCUGUUGCAUACACAUUACUCUUUCCUCAAUCAAUCAAAAUCCAUCCUAGAGUACAUGUUUCUCUUUUAAAGAAAUGUUAUGCAGUUCCUGAUGAGAUUACUUAUUCUCCUACCACUGACCUUGCCAAUCCUCAUUGA